UCUUUAUACCAUCAGAUGGUUCAUGUAGCCUGCUUUUCUUUCCCGCUAAGCCUUCUCAUCCCACACUGCAACAACACCCCCUCCCUCCUCCUCCGCUCGUGAACGCGCAGCCCGGCGAGCGCGCGCGCCGAGCAGAGCAGAGCAGGCGGCGGAAGACCAGCAAGGCGUCCAGCUCCUCCGCGUUUACCUCUGGAUUUCUACAGCCGAGCGACACAACAUCUAUCUCCGCGUGCGUGUGGCGCCCCGUGCACGCGCGGAACACGCACGCGCCGUUUGUUCUGCUUUGUUGUUUGUUUUCCCCCUUUCUUCGUGCAGGCUGAGGGACGCGAGCAGCUUUUGGGCUCUUUAGCUCCCUGAAUCGAGCCGCCGUGUGUUUGCUUGGAUGGGCGAGCGAGCAACACGGUGCCGCCGGGGGUGCGCGUGUGUGCGCGUGCGUGCGUGCGUGUGCGUGCAGCUCGCCGGACACAUGGACUUAGUCCUCGCUGGAUGAUUGCUUGCGAUUGCUUUUUAGGACCCGACCGGCUUUGCACGCAUUUCAACCGACACAAAGCAGAAGGCAUGCUCGCGCUCGUGCUCGCGAUCUAAACUCCGAUCAGAGGAGGAGGAUGGUGUCGUUUGUAGCCCAGCUCGGAUGUCUCAGCCUGUCUGUGGCCACAUUUUAGAGAACCAACAACCAUCUGUCACUGUCCACACGUGCGUCCAUCGCUUUGUCCACUGACGCCUCCGUCCUCGCUAGAAGCUUCGGUUGGUUUUCAUAACGAGCAGCAACGAAAUCCAACCCGAGACCCUUUCUGACCCUCGCGACCUGUUCCGGACCCCUUUUUGGCGCGCUGAUGUGGGCAGAAGUCACCGGGCGAACGAGCCUUCGCGGUGCGUCAUGACGCGCCUGUGCGCAACGCGUUUGACGCAAGCCGCGCGCGUCUCUCAGCCACUUUGAGCGCGAGAGGAGGGAAGGGGAGGGGAGAGGAGGGGACGGGGAGAGCGACUACCUCUCACUCACUCUCGGGCCACGUCUCAGACACCUCGCGGUCAUUCCUGAAUGAGAAGGCACGCGCCUGGAGCUGCUAAAGGGCUUCUGGAGUCUGUGCGUAACGCGGAGCCGUGCGUAAAGACGCGACCGGACUCGUAAAUGGUGUUCAGAAAGUUACCCGGUGUCUCUGCGCCGGGCAUGGGGCUCCGCCUGUCCCAGAAGUUUGUUUUCCUGCUGUUCUUGUCCGGCCUGGUCACUCUGUGCUUCGGGGCACUCUUCUUUCUGCCCGAUUCGGUGCGCCUCAAGCGGAUCUUCCUGUCCAAAAACGAGAGCCCGGCGGUGACCGCUCGCUCCGAGGGCGAAGCGAGGGACCCCCCGAGGAAGGCGGCCGGGGAGCCCUUGAAGGUGGAGGCUGGGGGCAAGCUGAGGGUCAGUCGGAGACCUUCGGUGACCCACGAUGCCAGGACUCUGGAGAGGUCGGUGGGGACGCAGGAGAGGACGCAGGUGGACGCUGUGGACGGGGCGCGGGACGCAGCGACCAGGGAUGGCAAGGAAGGCGGGAAAGGAGCUACUUACGAGAUGUUCAAGAAGUGUCUCCUCAAACCUGCCCUUGGAGUUGACCGCGGCAAGCCGUCUGACCCUCAGACCGUCCAGCGGAGGGAUAAAGUGAGAGAGAUGAUGAAGUUUGCCUGGGAUAACUACAAGCACUAUGCCUGGGGGAAGAACGAGCUCCGGCCGCUGACCAGAAACGGACAUAUCGGCACUAUGUUUGGUGGUCUGCGAGGGGCUACGAUAGUGGACUCCCUGGAUACGCUGUACAUCAUGGGCCUGACGGAGGACUAUCAGGAAGCUAAAGAGUGGGUGCACAACAACCUGGAUCUGAACUCGAAUGGAGAGGCGUCUCUGUUUGAGGUGAAUAUCAGAUACGUCGGCGGCCUGCUAUCUGCAUACUACCUGACUGGAGACGAGGUGUUCAAGCAGAAGGUGUUGGAGCUGGGUGAGAAGCUGCUGCCUGCGUUCAGUACCCCCACUGGUAUCCCCCGCGGAGUCAUUAACCUGGGCAGCAGUGGCACGAGUUGGAGCUGGGGCUGGGCCUCCGCCGGCAGCAGCAUCCUCGCGGAGUUCGGAACGCUGCACCUGGAGUUCGUUCACCUGUCGGAACUCUCUGGAAACCCCAUCUACACCGAGAAGGUGACGAACAUCCGAAAACUACUGGACAAAAUUGAGAAGCCUCACGGACUCUAUCCUAAUUUCCUCAGCCCGGUCAGCGGCAACUGGGUCCAGCAUCACGUUUCUCUCGGCGGUUUGGGAGACAGCUUCUAUGAGUACCUGAUCAAAUCAUACCUGAUGUCAGACAAGACUGAUGAGGAGGCAAAGCGCAUGUACUACAGCGCUCUGGAGGCUAUUGAGGCUAAUAUGGUGCAGAAGUCUCCAGGAGGGCUGACCUACGUGGCUGAAUGGAGAGGGGGCGUCCUGGACCACAAGAUGGGUCACCUGGCCUGCUUCUCGGGCGGGAUGGUGGGCAUCGGUGCGGAUCACGGUGCUCCAGAAAAGAGGCAGCACUACCUGGACCUGGCGGCUGAAAUCACACAUACAUGCCACGAAUCCUACAGCCGCUCAGCAACUAAACUGGGGCCGGAGGCUUUCCGCUUCGACGGAGGGGCCGAGGCGACAGCAACCAGACUGAGUGACCGCUACUACAUCCUGAGGCCAGAGGUCAUCGAGAGCUACAUGUACAUGUGGCGUCUGACCCAUGACCCCAAGUACAGGCAGUGGGGCUGGGAGGCGGUGGAGGCGCUGGAGAAACACUGCCGCGUGGACAGCGGAUACUCCGGCAUCAGAGACGUGUACGCCUCCACAGUCAGCCAUGACAACAUGCAGCAGAGCUUCUUCCUGUCUGAAACUCUGAAAUAUCUGUACCUGCUGUUCUCUGAUGAUGACCUGCUGCCUCUGGACGACUGGGUGUUCAACACGGAGGCUCAUCCACUCCCCAUCGUACACAAGAGCUGUUUACAGGAACAUGGUGCCCCGCGAGACACUCAGCAGACACAUCCAGAGUAGCCUGCGAUUACACUUACUCACACUGACGCAGGGCUAACAGCCUUAACAGCCCUGUUGCGGACUCUCGGCUCCUUUCCUGUAAAGGAUGUCGCGGUAAACGCUGUGAUUGUAUGUCUUUAAGCCGGGACAUCCUGCCCUGCAGGGGGAGCCGGUGCUAAUUUUUUUUCCCCGCGGACAAUCAAAAAUAAACGAAUGACUUUUUGUGAGAAGAGCACCUUUUUUCGUUCCAUUCUUUCCUCUGUGAGGAAAAAUAGAAUAUCCUUCAGGCCCAAAUCUGUGGGAUGAGUGCCGCAUCACAGGCCAUUCUAAGAGAAAAAGAAAACCACUUUUCCUUCACGUUUCUUCAUCAGUGAUUUUUAUCAUUCCUUUGUCAUACUUACUUACUCUUCGGCCAAAGCUUUUCUUACAUUUUCUUGUUCUUUUUUUCUCAUCAUAAAUCGUCGUUUUCUGAUUUUUUUUUUCCCUAAAUAUUUGUUUUAAUGUCAUAUUUUGUUAAUGGAAUUUGCUUUUUGAAGGACACACAAGGACCAAGAACUUUUGAAAGUGAAAAAAACGAUCUAAUUUUUGGAAAAAAAAUUAAUAAUAACCACAAAUCAUGUUGUAUCAUGCAAAAAAGAUUGUUUUAAUAUUGUUUGUGUGAGAUUUUUGUGAAAGGAGUAGAGCUGAAUGAUGUCAGAAGCAGAAUGUGAGAGGAGAGAACAGGCAGCAAAAACAAAAAAAGAAAAGAAAGCCUGAUUUUCUUGUGCUAUUAUUGCAUUGUAAGCCAUGCAGCUCCAUAUUAAUCACUUACUGUUCAAAUCCAGCAUCACCACUGAAAUAUGGUGUGGAGAGUUACACACACACACACACUCACACUCACACACACACACACACACACACACACACACACGCACACACACUCACACAUUUGUUUCUCUGAAUGGUUGGGACAUUACAUAGAUUUCCAUUCAUUUCCUGGAGGCCGACUCAAACCUUAACCAUGAAAAUACUACUAACUAAACCCAACUACUAGCUGUAAACUUAACCCUAACCUUAACCUUAACCACACACUUAAAACAUAUCUUUACCUUAAAAUUGAAUGAUUUACAUUAAAUUUUAAGGUGGUCCCCAUAAGGAGGAAAAGUCCCCUUAAAGAAUUUCAAGUUUCAAGUUAUUUGUCAUUUGCACAACAUUCAGUCAGGACAUUCAUGCAUUGAAAUGCUUGUGGUGAUAUAAUGAUGUGUAUAAUAUACACAAAAAGUCCCCAGGAAAGUGUAUAAACAGGUUUUGGUCCCCACAAGGAAGAAAAGUCCCCGAAAUGAGAGAGUAUAAACAGAUUUAAGUCCCCGCAAGCAAAGAACAGUCUACCAUGACGAGAGUUUAUAAACAAGUUUGGUCCCCAUACGGAACAAAAGUCCCCAUAACUAGAGUGUAUAAACAGGUUUUGGUCCCCACAAGAAAGAAAAGUCCCCAUAACUAGAGUGUAUAAACAAGUUUUGAUCCGCACAAGGAAGAAGAGUCCCCAUAACGAGAGUGUAUAAACAAGUUUUGAUCCCCACAAGGAAGAAAGUCCCCAUAAUGAGAGUGUAUAAACAGGUUUUGGUCCCCACAAGCAAGAAAAGUCCCUAUAACGAGAGUGUAUAAACAAGUUUUGAUCCCCACAAGGAAGAAAGUCCCCAUAACGAGAGUGUAUAAACAGAUUUUGGUCCUCCCAAGGAAGAAAAGUCCCCAUAACGAGAGUGUAUAAACAGGUUUUGGUCCCGAAAAAGAAAGAGUCCCCACAAUAUGGUAUAAACCUGGUACAGAAACACACACACACACAAUACAUACAAACAGCAAAAAGUGACAGCACACAGAAACUGACUGCACGUAUCUCCUUUAAAGGCCACACGUUCACAAAGAACGCUGUUUUUAAUUAUUUUUCCUCCACCAUCCGGCACACUAGUGGACGAAUGUGCUGUACAUAACUGAAUGAGUGUGACUGUGAGUGAUCCCUGUUGUUAAUCUUUGCUUUUUUUCUCUGCUUUAUUUUCCCCUCUCUCUCUCUCUCUCUUUCUCUCUCUCUCUCUCCUCUCGUGUUCUUUUUCAUUCUUUGUUAUUUUUCUCUUUUUUUACAUGAUUGUUAUGUAUAAUUCUACUGUUUUAUUUUCAUUUGCUUCCCUCAGGUGUUUCUUGGAAAAAGAGGAAAUUUUGAUUAUGAUUAUUGUUACUUAUGACUGGUAUGAAUUAUCCUUGUUGAUUUUACUUAUCUUUCAAUGUUGUAUAUUUUCAGAUACUGGUAAAAAUAUCUGUGCAACUUUAUACAUUUAAAAACAACUGCACAAAU